ACAACCACAAAUACCCACAACAACAACAACACCACCACCUCAACAUCCCAUAAAACCUCCUCCUCUAGUCCUUGCUCCAACACCUCCUCCUUUUCCACUUUAAAAUCCACCAAAACAACAACAACAAAUACUAAAAAAUUAGGUAGAAGCCGUAAAAAAUCAACAUCAUCUACAAAAUCUUCCAAAUAUUCGAAUUCCUUACAGAAUUGCCAGUUCUGCACAUCUGGAAAUGAGGAUAAACUCUUGCUGUGCGAUGGCUGCGAUAAGGGUUAUCAUACCUACUGUUUCAAACCGAAAAUGGAGAAUAUACCCGAUGGUGAUUGGUAUUGCUAUGAGUGUGUUAAUAAGGCUACUAAUGAACGUAAAUGUAUUGUUUGUGGCGGUCAUCGUCCCGCACCGGUUGGCAAAAUGAUCUAUUGUGAUUUGUGUCCUCGUGCAUAUCAUGCCGAUUGUUACAUUCCUCCACUGUUGAAAGUGCCGCGUGGCAAAUGGUAUUGUCAUGGUUGCAUUUCAAAGGCACCACCACCGAAAAAACGUUCCUCCACUAGUAAACCUCGCCGUGAACGUGAUUCAUCCGCCUCGCUAUCGAAACGCAAAGAUAAACAUCAUAAUACAUCGUCCAGUUGUGAACAGUUGAAUACAUCGGCCGAUCAUCAUAAUAUUCAUAAUUCAUCGCAUGAUGAGUCGAUGACAUCGCUGCCGGCACCGUUGAGUCCCGCACAUUCUGUGGCCUCAACCUCAUUCGAUGAUCAUCAUAACAACUCUAUCGAUACAACGCGCUUCCAAAAUCAAGUAACAAAUCGUCAAGGUGCUUUAAGUCCACAAACCACAAACAAUGAAUUCAAUGAUACCAGCAUGGAUGGUACAACAACAACAACCACAACAGCAUUAGGCAGCAAUACAGCUGCAACAGCAGCAGGAAAUGUGGCUAUGCUUCAUACACAGCAGCAGCAACAGGCACUACAACAAACACCAGCUACUGCAGCAAACAUACUUCCCAUGAUGUCGCCUAUACCGACCUCAACGCCACCAACACAACAACAGCAACAAAGUUUUAAUUGUAUGCCCAGUACGGCAGGACUCUUACCACCUCAAGGACAAAUAAUGUCAUCACCAUCACAUUUUGCCAAUCUCAGCGCACCAACGCCACUACAACAAAUCGGUUCAAAUCAAACAAAUCAUUUGCCAUAUCCCCUUAAUACCACAAAAUUGGUACCGCCCAGUUCAGCGGCCGUGAUAGCAGCUCCCUCACUACCACCACCCACACCGUCAACCAUAACAGCAGCUACAACUGCUCCGUUAGCUUUAGCAACUAUUGUACCACCAUCUAUAACACAAACAACGGCCACAGGCGGCGGUCUUUUAACUGCUACAACUUUACCAAAUCAAAUGCCACUUUUACCCAAUAUAACAGCAGCAGCACCCACUCCACCCAUUGGUGUCACUGGGAAUCUAAUGUGUGCUACUUCCUCUCCACAACAUUCCUCCGUAACAUCAUCAUCCCGUUCCUCAACACCCACACAACAACAGCUGCAUCAUGGUUCCGCCAGCCAGCAUUCACCACAGCUGCACGCUCCAGCUACUUCGCCCUCCAUGAUGGUGGUUUCUAGCAGCGCGGUGACAACACCACCACCUACUGCUCUAGGACCUCCACCUCCCAUAAAUAUACAUGCCGUGCAGGAGGCCAAGGAAAAGUUGAAACAAGAGAAAAAAGAAAAACAUGCCACCAAAAAGUUAAUGAAAGAAUUGGCCGUAUGCAAAACCGUUUUAAGUGAAAUGGAGCUACAUGAAGAUUCUUGGCCUUUUCUGUUGCCAGUAAAUACCAAACAAUUUCCCACGUAUCGUAAAAUCAUAAAAAAUCCCAUGGAUUUAUCCACCAUUAAGAAAAGACUACAAGAUUUAAGCUACAAAUGUCGAGAAGAUUUUUGUGUUGAUGUACGACAGAUUUUCGACAAUUGUGAAAUGUUUAAUGAAGACGACUCGCCGGUGGGCAAAGCUGGUCAUGGUAUGCGUAAAUUCUUUGAAAUGCGUUGGGCCGAAUUGACUGAUAAACAUUCAUGAUAUCAAUUGCAACAUCAGCAACAACAAACACAACAACAACUCAAAUAUAACAGCGAAUAAAUAAAAAAAAGAAACUUUUCAAUAUUUAAAUCCAAAAAUAAAGGAUUUUAAAUCAUAUAAAACCCACACACACACACAAACACAAGCAAAACAAAAUGUUUAGUAAAACAAUCGUAAGUGAAAUAAUAAUAAAUAAUAAAAAAAAAAACAAAACAAAAAAUUAUACAUACAAUUUAAGAACUAACUUUAUUCAAAUUUUAACUAAUUAAACAAGGCUUGAUAUUAAUUAAUUAGUAUAUAGUUAUAAAACACACACAAAUAAAAAAAAAUAAAGAUUUUUAACAAUAAUAAA